CAUAAGUUUCCUACGGGGCCAUCUUCAAAUGGGACUGAGUCUGGGAUCGUGAAGUUCACCCAGAGACUCUCUUUGAAGGACAAACACUGCAAGGAGGACAGGAGUCAGUCGUCCAGACCUCCGGCCUACAGGAGGCGCUCUCUCAGCUUAGACUGGGCUGAAUCCGAAAUGACUCAACAGAUUCCCGACCCCCAUCCUCUGAUUCCACGCAAACACUCCAGCACGUCAUGUUCGUCUCCGCCGAGCGCCGCGCGACGCCUCUACAGAAACCUGUCUGGAAAGUUCCGCACGGCCAACUUGGCUCUGGAUGAUGCGGCGCUCCCGAGCCAGUCAGACAAGGACCAUUCGCACAAAACCACCAUGUUCCAGGGAAACGAGGCUCUGUUUGAAGCUGUGGAGCAUCAGGAGCUGGAUGUCGUGGAGUCUCUGUUGAACACCUUCAGUCUGGAGGAGCUGGACUUAAACACACCCAACAGUGAAGGACUGCUGCCGCUCGACAUCGCCAUCAUGACCAACAACGUCCCCAUGGCCAAACUUCUGCUGAGAGCCGGGGCCAAAGAGAGUCCCCACUUUUUAAGUCUUGAAGGCAGAGCCGCUCACCUGGCCUCGCUGGUGCAAGAGGCGGAGCAUCGCAUAGCAGAGCUGGUUGCCCAGGUGACGGGGGAGGAGCCUGGGGAGAGGGAGGAGUCAAACAGAGAGAGACAGCUGAAAACCUGGGAAUGGAAGCUCCGCCUCUACAAACGCAUGCAGACGGGAUACACACACGCCAGUCCUCCUGAGCCGCCCAGCGUCGUCGAUCUAUCUGUCAGCAGUAGCACCAGUCUCAGAGUUUACUUCCAAGAGCCUCUCUGUCACAACUCUGCUGUUAUUACCAAAUACCGCGUGAGCUGGAGCAGCGUUCCUUCAUUUACUCCAUUACUGGGUGAGACGGUCAUUGAAGACGUGACUCAGCUCCAGUACGACAUCGCUGGACUUCCAGUGGGCACAUGCUGUUAUGUCCAGGUAUCAGCAUAUAACAUGAAGGGAUGGAGUUCACCUCAGAUAUCUGAACCUGCUUGUGCUACAGUCUCAAGUUGGAGGGAGGUGGAUGGUCUUCCGCCCCGCCAGCAGGGUCUGAAAGAGGCGUUAGAGCAGCUCCUGGGGCAAAUUAAAGGGGCGCACCGUCACUGCGCCUGCCACGAACAAUGCAAAGCCCCGUCGAACACCAGGAAACACUCUGUCUCGAAAAGUCUGAGGCAUCUCUUCCAGCCCACCAGCAAAUUUGUCAAAAAUCUGAAAAGAGGCCUUUAUCUGGCCUGUAUAUUUUAUAAAGAUGAAAACGUUCUGGUGACUCCAGAGGAUCAGCUGCCCGUCGUAGAGAUGGAUGACUCGUACAGCUGUCACGCUCAGGAUUUACUCUGGUUCACAAAGGUGUCACAUCUGUGGGAGGAGCUCACCUGGAUGCAGCAGUGCAUCAGUCCUGCACACGCCUCCAGUUCCUGCACGCUGCAGACGCGCCUCAAACUGCUGCAGGCGGCUGCGCAGCUGCAGGCGCUCCUCGGCACAGUGGAUCUGGGGCAGGUGUAUUUUGAGCCCAUCAGGGACAAGCACGGUAACGCGGUGUUGGUGCUGAUGAAGGACAUGAGCGCAUGCACGCCGCUGGAAGGCGUACGCUGGAUUCCUGUCAGUAAAUUCCAGCUGCAGCGCAGGUCUUCCUCUUCUUCAUCAGACGAGCCCAGCGCACUGGAGUCGCUUCUCACCACACUGCAUUUUUGUAGGGAAGAAUGGCAGUGGCUUCAGUCGCUGAGUUCACUGGAGGACAGCGCAAUGGUUUGUGACCAUGUCCAGAGCGCUCCACAUCGCCUCCUACUGGACCUGCGGACCGCUGCUAAAGAUUUACUCGCCUACAUCAACAUUCCCAACCACCAGGCACAGGAUUUCCGUGUGUAUGUGAAGGAGGUGGUUGAGUUGGGAGGGGGCGUGUCCUUCCUGUUGCUCCUCCCACCGUGUGAGGAGGUGUGUUCACCGCCCGGACAGAACCAUCUCUGCUCGCCGCGCUCAGGAUUCUUCACCCUGCCGCUGCAGAUCUUUGAGUUAGUUCAUUUCGAGGCGUACUGCCCCAGUUUCAUCGGCCUGUACUGCCGCGUGUCGGCCCUGCUGGCUCUGGAGUCCCUGAUGUCCCAGCAGACUUUGCGCGAGGCGUUCUCUGAGUCCGAGCUCUUCGCUGCCAAGCAGAAACAUCAGCAGGUUGAGGAGUAUUUGCAGCAUCUGGAGGAGCUGUGGCGUGAUGCACGGUGGAUGGUGGUCCUCCAGUCGGCCCGGUAUAAGCAUCAGAGCUCUGGAGUGAGCCUGGGCUGGAUUAUAGACUUCUCCAAAGAGAGUAUUCCAGAGAAACCAGCUUCCACUUCCUCUCAGGUGGACUACCUGCCCUCACCGACCCCGUCACCAGAGAGCACACGCAAACACAACGAUUGCCACGGUCUGUCGGAUGAGGAUAACUCCUCGGAGGUGUUCCUCACCACUGAUAGUGAGUACAGCUCCAGUGUGGCCCAGAGCACCAGAGAGCUGGACCUGCUCCCACCGUCUCCUACCAGCUUCAGAUCCGUGGCGUCCACACACCCUUCCUCCUCCUCGCAGUCCUCGCCUCGCUCCUCUCAGCCGGACGUGCUGCAGACCGGAGGAGGGGUGAGCAGACGCGAGCACAUGAGCGCCUUCGACAGCGACUUCAUCCUGCCGAGCCGUCAGAUCGAGCUGCUGCGGGUCACCGAGAAGAGAACGGCGCUCUGCAUCCGCACCAGCAGUCUGGAGUACCCGCCUCCCGUCUCCAUGCCAACCACGCCCACCAGCUCCUCCAAUCAGAAGCACUGGACACGCCCCUCCUCCUUCGACCUCUGCUUCUCCGCUCCCGAGCCCUGCCCCGUGCCGGUGCGCACCCUAUCAGAGGACAGCGGCGUCCAGCGACUCUCCGCCGGUUCCCCUCACCGGCCGUGCCACAGCACACUGAGAGUUUACCCACAAUACCGCACCGGCUUACCUAAAGACACCAGUGUCAAAUUACGCGUGACUCCAGAGACGUCGGCCAAAGAGAUGGUUCGUCUGGUGGUCCAGGAGAUCAACGCGGUGUGCCGUCACCUGCAGAAAGCGGCGCAGCAGUGCACCUGUGCCCCGGGUCAGUGCGGAUACCCGUCCUGUGCAUCUGAGGUGUGUGUGUACGGUAGCGAGCAGCUCGAGCACUUCGGCCUGGUUCUGCUGGUGGAGGGGAGAGAGAAAUGGCUACAGGACGAUUUCUGCCCGCUCACGCUACAUAACCCAUGGACUCGCGGCAAACUCUGCGUCCGCUUCAAAGAGUAUUCACCGCUCGCGCUGCAGCACAGCAGAGCCACGACUGUUUGAUCACGCAAACCUGUAAAUACACACACACACACACACACACUGGCUGAAGUGCAUAGACUACUGGUGUUUUGCUAUGUUUUUGAAUCACUUCAUGAGGUCUUAAGGUUCAAGAUUAGCUAAGCGGCUUCACCAGGACUGAUCUCCUCACCUGCACUGGCUUUUAUUCACGCUAACCUUAUGAGAAAAUCAACUUCAAGUGCUGAUCACUCACUAAUAAGAGUUCAAGUCAACAUGAAAUCAAAACUUAUGUUGCACAUUAUUUUCUAAAGAU